UCGGCUUUAUCUUAAGUGGAGUGGGCUCUGGUGUAUCGCAGACUACAAUUCACAUGUGAUGUUCAUGGGUACCUACACUUUUCUCGCCGCUUUCCUGGUCUUAUUGGUUAGCCUACAACAUACCACCGCUAUCCGAUGUUUGAGUUGUGAUGACGUCAUACAACCACGUCACUGCUCUGUUAUCAAACACUGUCCAGAUGGUGACAGUUGUGUGACUCAAGCUUACAGGAACGAGAACGGAGAAUACCUGUAUGACCUCGGCUGUAUGUCCGCACAGAGGUGCUCCUUUAGCAACACAGCCCGGAAGGCAGGCACCAUAGGUAAACACGUCGAGUCUUUAUGUACAGAGUGUUGCCAUAGUGACUUGUGUAACGCAGCCGGGUGUGGUACGGACGGAUUUCCGAGCAGAAGAGGUCCCGUAUGCUUAGAUUGUCCCCAGUCAAGGGAUCCUGCUUUUUGUGACGUCAUAUCCGUUUGUCUUGAAGGAGAGUUUUGUCACGUUGAAGAGACACACCAGUUCGGAGAUGUAUUCUACAAAACAGGCUGUUUGCGGGAUUCAGAAUGUGCUUCUCCUCCUGUAUAUAACCCAGUAGCAGUUGGAAGACGAUCUACUACACGUCAUAACUGCUUCUCCUGUUGUUCCGGUGACCUCUGUAACGCAAAAUGCAGUAAUGCUUCGUCCAAUCCAGUGAUAUGUGAAGACAAGACCCCUGAUUGUCCUUUCAACAAAGACCAUCUGAAAAUUUGUAGCGACACCGAGGCAGCUAGAAGGAUGGGAUGCCUCAAAACAUGUAAUUUGUGUAGUAGUGUUGCCACAUCGAUUGUAUCAUCGGCUAUUCCGACGACGACAACACUAGGCCCAAAAGUCACCACGUCACCAGCACCGUCAACAAUGCCGUCUUUACCACUGGCGCCAAUACAAAUAGGAACUGUUACCCCAUCGGUUGUACCAUCAACAAUAGCGAAGACAACAAUGACGCCAGUUCAUCACAGUUUUAAAGGAAAAGAGGUUUUCCUGAUGUUCAUGGAAAAUUACUCGUAUAUCUACUCUCUUGUAAAAUUGAGUGCUAUUGUAACAUUCGAGUCCCCUAAUAGCCAAUUGCGGGUAACGACGUGUGAUGUAACCAAAACAACACGUGUCUCUGGUCCAGCCAAUCAGAUUGACAUAGAUGCUAACUUGACAAUGAGAAGCAACGGCAAGACAAGUAAAGGGAUAAUUUUGACCUCUGACACACCCAUAUCCGUUACGGCAUUCAAUUCAAAUGACCUUGGCUUAUUCGAAGGGUACCAUGCUUUACCUAUAGAAACACUUGGCACAUCCUAUAUCGUGGGAACUUCCAUACCGGAGCCUCUUACAGGGUCUUCCUUUGCUGUAGGGGCACCGUACGACAACACGGAGGUCAACAUUACACUCAGUACUUCGGGUGUUUCUGUUCCCGGUCAGUAUCACAGGGAGGGAGACAAAAUCACCGUCGUACUGGACAAACUGGACACGUUCUAUAUCGAGACUAACUCCAAAAGUCAGGACUUGACAGGUACGCGUAUUGUAAGCAAUAAGCCCGUAGCGGUAGUGUCUGGUAAUCUUUGCUCUAAUGGACAGGACCACUGUAACCAUCUUGUGGAGUAUCUGCCUCCUGUGUCCACAUGGGGCUCCAAGUUCAUGGUACCACCUAUCAUGAACACUACCAGAGGAAUAGUCAGGGUUGUCUCAUCAGUAAAUACUACAAAUGUCAAUGUCAAUUCUUUAGGCUCUAACAAAACGUAUACAAUCUCAACAAAUUUUAUAGAUAUAGACACGAAUUCUUCACAGCCGUACGCCAUUUCCAGUGAUCAACCUGUACUUGUCUUACUGUUUCCGAUAAAAUCAUCCAUAGGGAUGACCCUAGUUCCUUCCAUAGACCAAUUUGCACACGACCCUGUUCUGGUCUCGCCCCCUUAUGGAACCACAACCUUUGAGAACUACAUUGUAGUAAGUAUUCGGACUAGUGACGAAUCCGGUCUACAGCUUCGCUCCGAGGACGGGACGGACUUGCCUCGCAUUGGGUCAGUGACAUUUCCUGAUGCUGUCGGUGAGGAAUAUAGUUUUAUAUCGGCCACCUGCAACAACCACCAGAACUGUUCUGUCCAACAUACCGACGACAACGCUGUAUUCAGUGUUAUUUCGUACGGAUUAAACGGUUCCAAAUUGUACGCAGAUCCCGCCAAUCUCUCGCUGUAACUUGAAUUUAUAAGAAUAAAUUAUUCUCAUA